AUGAUGGCUAUGAGAAUGAAUGUGCCCAUGCCUCUGAAUCAGAAGCACCCAGCCCCGGCACUGACAGUGGUGGAUUUGGGAGGAGGGCCGUGGGUGCAGAAGGGGUACGUGACUUACCAAGAAUUUUUGGCUCGAAUGGGAAUCGAGUAUUUACCUUCUAUCCAUCGGCCAUACACUGUGGAUCAUUUCAACUUCAUGGGCCAUUUCACGAAGCAGGAUCAGAUGCAGGAAGAGGCCAAAGAGAUGCAGCAGGCUUUGGAGAUGAGUAAGCCAUUCAGGGAGAAGUUUAAGGACCAUUUGCAAGACCUCAGCCAGACCUUUGCAAAACUGGACAAGCACAGGAACUCCUUCAUUUCCAUGAGUGACCUGCAGAAGGUCUUACAAGAGUAUCAUCCAAACAUAACAGAAGAGGAGAUAGUGAUGAUGCUGAAAAGGGCCAGUCAGGGGCCCACUGGGAUGAUGAAAGAGGAGCCACAGUUUUCUCCUUGCCCGUGGUCUAGCGGGGCAGAGCUGUGUCCGUGGGGACCCAGCCUAGUUAAGGACUUCUACCCUCUGCAAAGUGAUACUCAUGAGGGUUCUCAGUGCCAGGAGGAAUGGCAGCAGGCCAUCAGCGCUUUGGGUGGCUCCUCUGUCCUUAAAGGCUGGGGGAUCACCUGUAGUGACAACAUUGUCUACUACCACGAAUUCCUGAGAGCCUUGGAAAGCUUCAAACCUUCCAAGUCUCAUUCCCGGGAGAGAGAAGAAAAUAUGCAAAUCCCCUUCUCGCCACUGACUCCUGAACAGGCCCUGAAGAGAAUGAAGGAUCUGGUCUUGGCCAACCACAACACCUUCUACAAGACUGCUGCCGAGUGGACGGAGAAAAUGCAGAAAGUUUCUGUGCCCAAAGCUCAGAAGGACCCCUUCUUGAAAGAGCUCCUGCUUCGCGUCCGGGAUAUCGUGACCACUCGCUUCUCCAACUUACUCCAGGAAUUUACUGACAUGGACUGUAGCAGGAGCUGCACGACAUCCAAGGAGGAAUUCAGGAACAUUUGCAACCGUCACUUCCAGAUUCUGAAUGAUGAACAAUUUGAGACCUUCUGGAAUGAGCUUCCCCUCAACAGCGAAGGGAGGCUGAAGUACCAGGAGUUCUUGUGCAAGUUCAACAUGGAGAAAUCUCUGAGCCCUCCGGCCACGGCAGAUCCGACCAAAUCCCAGAGACCCAGCACCACCCCGGAGGUCGAGGCAGGAAUGGCCCCAGUGGCCGGACCUGCUCCCGUUCCAGGCUCUGCUCCCCGGCCCCAGACUGGAGCAGAAAAUGUUCCAGGGACUGCCAGCUCCACAGGCUCCAAGACCGGCGUCCCCCCUUUGCAGAAUUGUGAAGCUAUAGAAAACAGGUUGAGAAAGAAGAUCCAGGGCUUCUGGAAGGAAAUGCUGAAAGAAUGCAAAGAGAAGGACGUGGACAAACAGGGAGAAAUCUCUGUGCCUGAAUUCCAAGCUCUGGUGGACAAGUACAACCUGGACCUCAGCAAAGAGGACUGCCAGAAUCUCAUAACGAAGUAUGACCUGAAGAACAACGGCAAGUUCGCGUACUGCGACUUCUUCCAGAGCUGCAUCCUUCUCUUAAAGCCAAAGGAGAACUCGCUGAUGCAGAGGAUGAAGAUCCAGCAGGUCUACAUGAUGAAAGGUGCCGGGACUCAGAGCCCCUCCUUCUACGCGGCUUUGCUGAGAAUUCAGCCCAAAAUCCUCCAUUGCUGGCGGCCCAUGCGGAGAACCUUCAAAAGCUACGAUGAGUCUGGGACGGGCCUUUUAAGCAUUGAUGACUUCAGGAAGGUUCUGCGGCAAUAUGGAAUCAAUCUGUCCGAAGAGGAGUUCUUUCAUAUUUUGGAAUAUUAUGAUAAAACUUUGUCUUCAAAAAUAUCCUAUAAUGAUUUCUUACGAGCGUUUCUGCAGUAG